AUGGCUGCAUACGUGGAAGAAACGAUCAAGGCACAAGCCAACGUGCAGACGUUUGUGGAGCAGACAAGAAAUCAUGCCAGAAAGGUGCUUGAAAAGAUUUACCCUGAUCUUCCCAAGAAGAUGGCGCAAGCCAAGAACUACGUGUCGCCCUCAACUGUCUUGCUCAUUGUUCUCAUCGCCGGCCUUCAACGAAACUUAGCCGCUUGGCUCAUGGCCCUGCUGAUUUCUGUUUGGUUGGAGUGGGGACAAACAGCAGUGAUGGACAGGUCUGUGGAGCCUCUGGAGAGGAGUCUCCGUUUAACCCGACUGUGCGUGUACCUUGCAGUGGUUGCAAGCUUUAACCUCUACAUUUGGUACGCAAUGUUGUAUGAAAGGGCAGUCGUAGCUGUCGUCAUCUAUGUAGGACUUCUGCUUUUGCUGGCUAUUCCAUUCGUCUGCUUUUUUGUGGUGUUUCGCGGAGGUGAUCAGACCAACAGGAGAAGAAAAGCUUCGCUCAUUGUGCAGUCUCUCUUUGUUCUUGUCACGUACCCUCUUGGACUCUAUUUCGUGUAUUCUGAUAAACUUCUGGGGGCAGUAGCCACAGGGGUGUUAUCUGCCUACACGACACUAGCAUUCAGUCCUUUCUUUGAUGCGCUAAGUGAACAGAUCCUUGGCAAGAUUGGUCCAGUUUCGAUAUCGAUAUUUGCCGCAUUGCAGAAGUGCAAUUUCCCAAUUAUAGCUCUGUUUGUACUGCAUUCUAUGGCAGAUAACGUGGAAAAGGGCAUCGUAUACUUUGUUUGCCGAAAAGAGUAUCCUGUUAUUGUUCAGAAAGUGAUGAAUCGUCAAAAUAACUUCACUUUCUUGCGCUCACCACGAACAAUCCUGCGCGGGGGAUACAUUGCUUUAUUCCGAGACAAUGUGGAUCAAUUCUAUUUUGUGGAGAAUAUUGUGAAUCCCUUUCAGAGACAGACAUCAAAUGACGUCUGCUCGGUUUUUGCUAGUACACAGUAUAACUGCAUACGCAAGGAAGUUACGGUUCCAACCAUGGACGUGUCAUACCUCAAACGAUACGACGGAAGUUGCCAGUAUGUUGACACGAGAGCCCCUGGUGUAAACUUUCCCUCACAAAUCUCGGAAUGGUUUGCUAAGAAUGUUCCCAUACCUGUCUCCAAAUUGAACCAGUCUUGUAAAGUGAACACGUCACUCCUAUUCGAUACCGUGGACAACAGGACUUGUGAAAUCAUUCAAGAAACUUUGACCGGGGAUUGCAACCUUCUUUACGACUUCAAUAUACAGGCGGGUCUAGACAAAGCGACGCAGAUGCUGGAAUGCAAUUACACUGGCGUGAGGAAAUGCAGUAUUCCCACCGGUCAAUUCUACACCGAGUACACAAGCACUGUGGCGAUAUCAAAUAUGGCUGAGAACAGAAUCUAUCAGGUUACUUUUAAUGAUGGUGAUUUCGCCGUACAGAUCGCUGGGAAGGACAUCAAGAUCUAUGCAGAAUCGGAAUGUGCGACUUCCAUUGAUCUCAUGUUCAUCACGUUGGCGCUCAAAUUCAUCCUGCCGAUCUUGUUGACCUAUGUUGCUUCCAAGUUGGGCCUGUCAGGCAACGAGGAUGAAGCGGAGGAUGCAAGCGACGCCAACCAUACGGCUUCUAUAGUCUUUGAUAAGGGUGCCGUAGAUCAUCCGAUUCAUGACGGUGACGGAAUUUUCCGUUCCUAUGAGAACAAAAUGUCGGUGUGA